GGUAUAUUGAAAACGAAAGAGAAUAGUUUUUAAUGUAAGCCACACUGACGUUUGUUGCAUUAACUGCCUAUAAUUAUAUGCGUGAGGAUGCCUUUCCAAUUUUGCCCCCAGUGUGGGACAAAGUUGCAGCCUGGUUACAGAUUUUGUCCAUCAUGUGGUGAGAAACUUUCUUGGGCGGCUGAAGACUUUGGACCGGGAAGCUCCACUGCUUCCACAAAAGCAGAAGUGGAGACAGCCAUCACUAAAACAAACCUUGCUGCAAGAAGUUGUAAGCUUACGGAAAAUAAGGUGCAGGAGGACAUCGCCUCCAUGAACGUUUCACCUCGCCCUCCACUGCGAAAGACCCGUAAAUCGCUGCGCCUGGACAAAGAUCCCACCCCCCUAGUGCUACCCAGCGCUCAUCCUGCCAUAGUUGAAGAAACUGGCACUAUGAAAGCCAAAGUUGAAUUUGAACCAACCAUAGAUGUUUCACCUUCUCGAGGAAAGUGCACUCGAUCAGGCAAGGGAAAGGCCAAAAUGUCCAGCCCUCCUAAGAGACAAGCAGAAGAGCCUCAAAACCUGUGUGAUAAAGGAAGCGGGGCAACACAGGGACCUGCAGUCGAUGCUGCUUCACCUGUUUCCUCACCAGUCAUCAAGUCUCCUUUAAAAGCGAGGAGUAAGAGGGCGAAGCACGCCGUCGCAGUGGAGCUGCUGCAAGAAUGCGAGGAGGUGACCGACAUGACGGGAAAGAAGUGGAAGCUGCAGAGGCUGCUCAGUCAGAGUCCAACAGAGCUUCUGUAUGAAGUGUUACGCCCCAACUCAAAGGAAUCACACAUCCUAAAACUGGGAGCUAAAGAAGGAAAAAUCUUUAAUGAGCAGAACUUUCUGCAAAGAGCUGCCAAACCUGCUGCUGUUGACAAAUGGCUCAAACAAAACAAGAUGGAUUUUCUUGGAAUUCCUUCCUGUGCUGGUUUUGGUCUACAUGCAGAUUCAUACAGGUUUCUUAUUUUCCCCGACAUGGGGCGCUCUCUCCACUCUGUCAUUGAGAAAGAAAACAAACCUCUGUCAGAGAGCGUUGUUCUUCAGCUGGCCUGUAGAAUACUGGAUGUGCUGAGGUUCAUCCAUUCGAAUGAGUACGUCCACGCAGACAUUAAUGCAGAAAACAUCUACAUCAAACCAGGACAGGAUGCACAGGUGUACCUGGUAGGAUACUGCCACGCCUUCAGGUACUGUCCUGGAGGAAAACAUGUGGAGUACCGGGAAGCCAGCAGAACGCCGCAUGAAGGCGCCCUGCCAUUCAUCAGCGUGGACGCACACAAAGGAGCAGGUCCGUCUCGCCGCAGUGACCUGCAGUCUCUGGGUUACUGCAUGCUGCACUGGCACAUGGGGACGCUGCCGUGGAUCGAACUCGCUCAGCCAGAACAGGUGGCCGUGCAGAAACAGAGGUACAGACAGGAUGUAGAUGCCCUGUUGAGGCACUGCUUUGGGAAGAAGAGAGUUUCCAGUGCGUUUCACACCUACCUGAAGUCUGUGAUGGCCCUGGAGUACUCUGAGGAGCCCAACUACUCCUCACUGAAGAAUGGCCUCAGUGCAGCUUUACAUCAGCUGGGGGGGUCAGUGGAGUCACCUCUUAGUUUAUAGAAAUCAAGUGGGAUUUGUUUUUACUUGCAGGGUCUCUUCCCUUCAGGAUGAAUGUGGACAUAUGUAGGUAAUGGAUGGGGUUGAGAUCUUAUUUCUUGGGUUUAUUCAGCGAUGAUUCUCAGGAAACUGCACUGCCGAUUUUAACACUGAUGAAAGUGGAGUUCAUGUUGUCGCUGAUGCUGUUGUUUUAUCCACACAUUAGUUCAAUGUUCUUAGAAAGUUUGUACGAUUUUAGUCAUUCUUUUACGAGUUCAUGUUGAACUGAUGAGGCUGUUUUUAUAAACUCAUCUUAACAUGUGAAUUACUUUAAAUAAAAUGGCUUUUAUCUGUUUAAAAAA